AUGUCAGUCAGACCCAGCUCGGGGCCAGGCCCCUCUGAAGGGCCCACCGCAGCGCCUGACAGUGAAGAGUUCCACAAUUGGGAGGAAUUGCUCUACUUCUUCAACCACACUUUGUCCGAGUGCCACCUGGAGCUCAGUGAGGACACCAAGAGAGUGGUCCUCUUUGUCCUCUACCUGGCCAUCUUUGUGGUUGGGCUGGUGGAGAACCUCCUGGUGGUAUGUGUCAACUGGCGUCGCUCAGGCCGGGCUGGGCUGCUGAACCUCUAUAUCCUCAACAUGGCCAUCGCGGACUUGGGCAUCAUCCUGUCCCUGCCUGUUUGGAUGCUGGAGGUCAUGCUGGACUACACCUGGCUCUGGGGAGACUUCUCCUGCCGCUUCACUCAUUACUUCUACCUUGCUAACAUGUACAGCAGCAUCUUCUUCCUGGUGUGCCUCAGUGUUGACCGCUACAUCACCUUCACCAAUGCCUCUUCCUCCUGGCAGCAUCGCCAGCACCGAGUGCGGCGGGCUAUAUGUGCAGGCGUCUGGGUCCUCUCAGCCAUCAUCCCACUGCCCGAGGUGGUCCACAUUCAAUUGGUGGAGGGGUCAGAGCCCAUGUGCCUCUUUGUGGCACCUUUUGAAACAUAUAGCACAUGGGCCCUGGUGGUGGCCCUGUCUACCACUGUCCUGGGCUUCCUGCUGCCCUUCCCUCUCAUUGCAGUCUUCAACGUGCUGACAGCCUGCCGACUUCGGAGCCAGGGACAGCCCCAGGGCCGGCGGCACUGCCUCCUGGUGUGUGCCUACAUAGCUGUUUUUGUCAUCUGCUGGCUGCCCUACCAUGUGACUCUGCUGCUGCUUACUCUGCAUGGGAGCCACAUAUCCGUCCACUGCUACCUGGCCCACCUGCUCUAUUUCUUCUAUGACAUCAUUGACUGCUUCUCCAUGUUGCACUGUGUUGCCAACCCCAUCCUCUACAACUUUUUCAGUCCAAGCUUCCGGGACCGGCUGCUGAGUGCUGUUGUCCACUACCUUCCAAAGGACCAGGCCAGGGCAGGUGCACGGGCUUCCUCUUCUUCCUCUUCCACUCAGCACUCCAUCAUCAUCACCAAGGAGGGCAGCCUGCCCACUGCAGCUGCCCCCCAGUCCCACCUAAGCCUGAACUUCCAGCCGCCCUCUGCUUCCAAAUUUCUCAUCUCUGUUUGGCAAUCCCAUAGGCAGCUGAGGUAG